UCGCGGCGCGCCGGCGCCGUUCCGGCCGGUGCCGCUCGGUGCCGAUGGCCGCGCGUGCCGCGCUGCGCCAGACCGCCCGUCUGGCCUCCUCCGGCGCCCUGCUGCAGGUGCUGUUCCGGGCGGCCGCCUUCGGGCUGAACGCCCUGACGCUGCGCCGCCUCUCCGGGGAGCUGCUCGGCGUCGUCGGCGUGAGGCUGACUCUGCUCCAUUCCACGGCCGUCUUCCUGGCCAGGGAGGCGUUCCGCAGGGCCUGCUUGAGCGGCGGCGCGGAGCGGAGCUGGGCCGCGACCGUCAACCUGCUGUGGCUGACAGUCCCUCUUGGUGCUUUUUGGUCUGUUUCCUUGGGCUUCGUCUGGCUGCACUUCCUUGAAGUUCCUGACCCGUCUGUGGUUCCUCAUUAUGGGGCCGCUGUUGUGGCGUUUGGCCUUUCUGCAGUCGUUGAGCUUCUAGGAGAACCGUUCUGGGUUUUAGCCCAGGCUCACUUGUUUGUAAGACUUAAGGUAAUUGCUGAAAGCCUUUCCGUGGUGUCCAAAUGCGUCCUGACGGCCAUUCUGGUCAUCCUUUAUCCGCAGUGGGGCCUUUACAUUUUUUCCUUGGCUCAGCUUUUGUACACCAGUGUUCUGGUGCUGUGCUACGUGGUUUACUUUGCAAAGUUCUUGGGAUCUCCUGAAGCAACAAAGAAGUCCUUUCCAAUUCCAAGCAUGAAAGCUCUGUUACCGAACGUGAUGGAAGAUAAGACAUUCCUGAACUGGAAGGAAGCACGGCUGACUUGGAGCUUCUUCAAGCAAUCCUUCCUGAAGCAGAUUUUGACAGAGGGUGAGCGAUACGUGAUGACUUUUCUGAAUGUGAUCAAUUUUGGCGACCAGGGUGUGUAUGAUACCGUGACCAAUCUGGGUUCGCUGGUGGCCAGGUUCAUCUUUUUGCCCAUUGAAGAGAGCUUUUAUGUCUUUUUUGCGCAAGUAUUGGAAAGAGGGAAGAAUGUAAAGGAUCAGAAGCAGGAUGAUGUUGCUAUGGCUGCAGAUGUGUUAGAGCUGCUGUUGAAGCUGGUGCUUCUGAUCGGCCUUACCAUUGCUGUUUUUGGAUAUGCCUUUUCUCAGCUGGCCCUGGAUAUUUAUGGAGGUUCGAUGCUCAGUUCUGGGACAGGUCCAGAUCUUCUGCGGUGCUACUCCCUGUAUGUCCUACUUCUUGCUGUCAAUGGAGUAACAGAAUGUUUCACCUUUGCUUCGAUGUGCAAAGAAGAGGUAGACAGGUACAACUUUGUUAUGCUGGCCUUGUCCUUCCUGUUCCUGUGCAGCUCUUAUUUCUUGACCCGCUGGCACGGAAGCGUUGGCUUUAUCCUUGCCAACUGCUUUAAUAUGGGUAUUCGCAUUGCUCACAGCAUCCAUUACAUCUAUGGUUACUUCAAGGAAAGCUCCUACAGGCCUUUGACAGGCUUGCUUCCCUCACCGUUGUUACUGCUGGCUUAUGGCCUGAGUGGAGGAAUUACUGUUUACUCAGAGGCAUUCUUCUGCUGCGACAAGGGUUGGACGGCAAGGCUGAUUCACGUCAGCAUCGGGGCGCUGUGCUUUGCAGCUACCACCAUCACCAUGUUCUGCACGGAGAGCAAGCUGGUCCACUUUGUCAGAAGCCAGUUCCUCUCCCAGUACAUGAAGAAAGGAACGUGAAAUGCUCGAGGGCAGAAUAAUUCUUGUGUGUGGUUGCAGGUGCUGAGGGUCGUAUUUUUUUGCACAGGUCUGCAUGGAAAAAGGUUUCCACAUGAGUUUGUUGGAGGCGUUGGUAGUGACAGUAUGAGUGGUUGCUGACUAAGCUAGUCUGUGCAGAGAAAGAGAGCUGAGUACUUUUCUGAGAAAUUUUAGCUUUUCUUCCAACAGCCUCUUUGGUGAUGAAGGUCUGCAGUGCAGCUGCCUGACAUAAACUGAUGGCCAGAGUUAAUGUGGGGAGCUCCCAUUCUUCCCAAUAGGGAGUGCACGUAUGAAGGCAUUGUGUGGCUGACGUUUUAAUUAAGAUGGAAGCAAGGACCAAUCACAACGUAAUUGCUACCAAAAUAGGACAUGAUGCAGUGCAGGAAACACUGAGUGAUCAGUGGCCUGAAGUGUAAAGCGUUAAGCAGACAGUUGUGACACUUGCAGGGAAGCUACUGGAAUACGUAGCACGUGUCCAAGUCCCAGCUGGCUGUGUAAGUUUACUUCCUUCAGCAUCACUCAUGUAAUGAGAGCGUUGAUUUGCUUGUCCGAAAUACUCUGGAGCUUUUAUCUGAACAGAAAUGCAGUGGGUUUUUUGAGCAAUGCCUAACAACAGCUGUGAACUGCAGUCACAUGGAAGCUGAAGUUGCAGAAGGCAGAGUUAAACAUCAUUGACUUCACUCCUUUUCUGUUCCUGUCUGAGAUGAUCAGUGCGAUCAUGAGGAAAUUUGUCUCCAUGCAAUGUCUUGCUUUUCUGCCAAGUGGAAUGUUCUGUACGCUGAAUAACGUUUCCUUCUGGGUUUGUGUGUGUUGGAUCUCUUGCUUUUGGAUAAAAACAAUGCUGCCUUUUCUUACACAGA